GCAGGUGACUUUAGGAAACAAUGCCUCUGCCUCUGUGAUGCUAUUAAUCUUUAACAUCAUCAGAGGAGAAGCAUCCACAGUGUCAUGUGAGAAACUGCACUUUACACUUUUCCAGAGGAGACUGUAACACCAACACGUCCAUCAGACGAUGUGUAUUAUCUCACAAAAGGAUAACGCAGCUGCAUUUAGAAGAAAUCACACAAGCUGUCACAGGUUCAAAAUGUUAACCAGGUGGUUAAUUUUCACAGCUUUCCUGGCUGGCUCAGCAAAUACACAAAGAGCAGCUACUGGCCAGCGCACUCUGACUGUUGCACCAACCUGCAGGGUCAAAGGUCAACCAGAGGUAGAACUGACAUUAAACUGUGGAGACAGAAAGAACACAGGUGUGGUCCAGUACUGGCACACUCCCUUUGGAGACCUCCAGACUCCUGGUUUACACAGUAAACUAGACCCUGUCUUUAUGCACCAUGACGGGAACCUGGUGGUUCCCAACAUCAGCAGUCUCCACAACGGCCUGUACUACUGCCUCCUGCAGCACACAGCGGGAAUGACACUGUGGCCAUACGAGCUCCACGUUGGUUAUGAUCAUCAAAAGAACCAAGAACACGGCCAACACGAGCACAGCAGCGGCUGUGAUACGUUCAGGUUCAGGAGGGAUGUUGGAUCUGAGGAGGAGGAGAAGCAGGCAGGCGUUUCAGAUGGGCAGUUUGCAGGAGCUGUGGCAGCAUCAGUGCUGCUGACGUUUGUGCUGGGCUUCAGUGCUGGAGCUCUUUCUAGAGCUCAUGUUCUCAGGUGUUUAGGGGCAGUCACUACAGAGAUAAGAUCACGACAGCAACGACAAUGCCACGCUGACACGAUGAACCAUGGCUCUGGGGUCACCAUGACAACCAUGCCACCCAUGUAUGACAACAAGGCCUUUGACAUGGAACAGGUGUGUGACGACGCGACUGUGGAGACGACAGUUUCAUCAACAACCUCAUCUCCUCCUGCCAAACCACAGAGAAGCUUCAGGCACAGACAAGAGGAGCAUCAGAAAACCCCUGCCUAUCUGGAGGGAUGUGACCACAUGAAAAAGGAGGAGAGAAGGGUGGAGGAUGAGGAUGAGGGAGGAAGAGGUGUGGAGGAAAAGAAUAAAGGGUGUGAGGGAGAGGCAGAAGAGGAGGGGGGAAGAGAGUUCAGUGGUUCCUAUCUAUUAGGAGAUGACGAAGAGAGUCAAACUGAAACAGAUGAGGACAAGUACAGUGAGGAUAGAGAGGAGAAAGAUGGAAGAGAGUGCAGAGAGGAGAAGGAGUGGAGACAGGAGGAGGAGGCAGGUGAGCAGGAGAACAGGAGCAGGGAGGGUGCAGAGGAGAGGAGUGGGAGUGAGGAGGAGGUGGGCGGUAACAAGGUGAAAGGGAGGGAUGACAAAAGUGAGGGGGAGGAAGGAUUGAAAGAGGAAGAUGCUAGAGAAAAGAAGAGGAAGGAAGAUGUUUGCAGAGAUUCUGAGCUGUCGUCUACAGAGGACGAAGAGACAGGCAGUGAAAAACAGGAGGACACAGUGAAAAGUGGCAUCAUGGAAGGAGGAGGAGGAGGAGGAGGAGCAUCGUCCUCCCCGCCACGUCCGGCCCGUCGGAGUCGCGUCAUUCGCCUGUACCAGUACAACGAGGACGGCCAACGAUACUGCCACCUUCCAGACCCCUCCCCAGAUGAACCCGCUCCUCCACCCAGGCUGAAGCAGCGCUCUCUGUCUCUGACACGCCUCAAUGCAAUCAUGGCCGCCGCCUCAGCAGGGCCGCUGGACAAGAGAGAGACAGGGGAGGAGGAAAAAAAAGAGAGGCCACACUUCCACAUGGAGAUAUAACAGGGACACUCCAAGAGGUGGACAACUGUCAGAGGAGCUUUAAGGGUUUUUCCAUCUUCAGCCACAGAGCUGAGGGACUAACAGAACAUUGUUGGCUUUAAACUUUUGUUGGGAUUUGAAUGACAUGAGCCUUAUUCACCUCACAAUCAGCUACCUGUACUUUUGCAUGGGGUUUCUGCAGGGUUCACAAAGUUUAAUUCAAGACUUUUUAAGAGCUUUUAAAUACCUGUUUCACAAUCAUACCGUCAAGUAAGCAAAUCAUAGCCCUUUUUCAGUACUCUACAUCCCAGUAGUUCUAAACAUUCCUUAUGUAUAUACUUGUAAUUAUUAACCAAACCUGGACUUCAAGACUUUUUCAUGACCUGCUUUAAAACACUGAAGCACUGAAUCACUAUGGUCAUUAAAUAUUUCUAAUACUGUUGAUGGAAGUAGUUUCAGUAUGCACAUCAACACUACAAAGCAAUUUCCUAACUUCUUCAUGUGCGUUUUCAUGGGUUCAAUUACAAUCCGUAUCAUAAUCGAGCAGCUGGCACUUGUGGAUCAC